UUCUGUUCACCAGAAUUCAUCCAGUCACAACAGACCUGGUUACCCCUAAAGACUGGAAGCUACACCUUUAUUAACUGUCUUUGGAUUUAUAUGAACCUCCUGCUGAACUUUUAUCCCAUGACUGUACAAACAGGAAAGGUCAAAGGUCACAGGCUAGCAGAGUCAGCGAACUUUCCUAUGUUUGCAUUCUGUGAAUCAGCCAAUCAGAAGAGGCCUGGCUCAUACUGUCCCUCUGUCUUGCUGCUCGUCUUCCUCUUCUUCCUCUUCUUCUUCUUCUACAGCAGGUGAAUGAUGCACACCAAAGGAAACUGCUGCUGUUCCUUCGAGGACUACAAACUGACGACUGACUGGCUGCUGAACCGGACAAAUCUGAGGCCGAAAGUUGCUGUGAUUUGUGGCUCUGGACUUGGCCUUUUGGCCGAUGCCGUCUCCAACAAAGUGAGCUUCAGGUACCAGGACAUCCCCAACUUCCCUGUCAGCACAGUCCCAGGUCAUGAGGGUUGCCUGGUAUUUGGGACAGUCGACGAGACACCCUGUGUGUUCAUGCAGGGACGUGUCCACCUGUAUGAAGGUUACUCCCUCUGUCAGGUGACGUUUCCUAUCCGGAUGUUUAAGCUGAUGGGGGUGGAAUCUGUCAUAGUAACAAACGCUGCAGGUGGAAUCUGUCCAGACUUUAAAGUUGGUGACAUCAUGGUUAUCAAAGAUCACAUCAACCUGCCGGGAUUUGCUGGAGAACAUCCACUGUGUGGACCCAAUGACGAGCGUUUCGGGAUCCGGUUCCCGUGCAUGUCAGACGCCUACAGUAAGCAGAUGCGCCGUUUGGCUGUAGAUGUCGGCACUGAUCUCGGCUGCAGUAAUUUUAUCAGAGAAGGAGUUUACUGUAUGGUGAGCGGACCAAACUUCGAAACCAUCGCUGAGGCCCGAAUGCUGCUGGUUCUGGGCUGCGAUGCUGUGGGUAUGAGUACAGUACCUGAAGUGACGGUGGCAAAACAUUGUGGACUCAGAGUUCUGGGUCUGUCACUCAUCACCAACAAGGUGUCUGUGGACUACAGCCGGGAGGAGAAAGUGAACUAUGAGGAGGUUCUUCAGAUCAGUAAAAUGAGGGCUGAGGUUCUGCAGAAGAUCGUCACACAGCUCAUCUCUCGUGUGGAUGAUGCGGAGUCAGAGUGCGGGUUGGACAGUGGGGUGGAAUUUGAUUGGAUCAUCACUAACGACACCGAUGCCCCAUCUUUGGAGGAGCAGCUACAGCCAAUCCUGAGUCUGGCCAAGGAAGCAGCUUCAUCAGUAUAAACUGAUCCAUAAACAGUGACUGAUUAUUGAAACACGAGGACACAGCAGGUCUGUGGAGCUGAUAUGCUGACAUGAUACCUGACAUGGUGACUAUUUAACUACAGAGUUUACGGUCUCAACACAAAACAUUACUGUACCUUAGGGUUAGAGUUACUUUGUUUUGAGCAUCUUGUAGACAGAGUCCAGAUUUCAGAACUUUUCUUCGAUGUUUUCACAUGUUUAAUAAGCUCAGAAUGUAUGUGUUUUAAGUGUGAGUGUAAAAACAGACUCAGUGUCUGUAUAACAAAAUCUCAGUCGCAUCAUCAUCAUAAACCACCAAAAAUAUAUUCAACCUUUAAUUAUCAAGUAAGGUUAAACUUGCUGUGUUUAAAUGUCUGUAUACCCACCAGUUCUCAGGUUUGACCAGUAGAGGAUGUUUUCACAUUAGUGAAUGUGUUUACAGGGUUAAACUCAAAUCUUUAAGACCAUCAUGAAUGUAAUUGUAGACCUGUUUCUGUUCUGAUCCAGAUCUGGCUGAAGUUACAUUAUAUCAGAGUGAAUUCAACAGAAACACUUACUGAGUCUAUGAGACUGUCAGACUGUACAGCAACAUUAUCAGACUGAUAAACUGUGACUGCAGUUUGAUGUGGUGUUUGUAGUUUUCUUGCCAAUUGUCAUCAAAAACACUUUUAAAACAGAAUAUAUUAAGAUAACAUUUGCUUCAUAGUCACAUACAUUCCAAGACCCAUUAGAAUGUGAUUUAAAACAUUUCAAUUUGUAAUAUUCAAGUGACAACUCAUUCAGGACUUACAUCUGUCAGGUCUUUGUGGUUCAAUUUCCUGUUGCUGCCAUUGUGCCUUUGAGUAGGACAGAAGCUGUGACUGAACUACCUGCAUUGAGACUAAACCUAGCAGUGAAAAUGUUCCAUCAACAAUAAAAUGUUUUCAAAAAGACUAAAAACUAAAUGAAAGAAAAAAUCUGGUCAACAUAAUUGAAAAUUAAAUAGAACUGCAGGUAAAGAUCAACUCAUAAUCCUUCUGUCUAAAAAAAAAAAAAAAUACAUUUUAUGGGGUUUUAAAAAUAAACCACAAUAUUUUCUCAUUUCCAGAUUCACAUUUCUAUUUAAAACUUGUAUUUUUCUAUAGCUUCGAAGGCUGAUAAUGCAAAACAUUCCUGUUAAUAUGUAAGCAGCCAUUUGGUUGAAGCAAAGCUGGAAGAAUGCGUUUGAAUUUUGUAAAUGAUAAUUGUUUUUAAAGAAAUGCAAAGAAUUUUU